CAGAAACAAAUAAGCACUUCCUGCUUCACACAACACCGAAUAUAUGAUGUGAAAUGUCCGAGGCUUUCCUGAUACAUUAUAGUUUAGACAGCUGCAACAUUCAUUUCUGCUGAAUGAAACCAUCCCACCGGGUUCCGGUAGACGGUUUAUGAGAGGAAGCUCAAGGUUCCAGGUGCAGCCAUGCCCGUCUCCCUGCUGUGGGCCGUGGAUGUGUACGGGCGGGUCUACAACCUGUCGACGGCGGGGCAGCAGUGGGAGCUAUGCCGCGACACCCAGAUGGAGUUCAAGCGGGCGACGGCGGCUCAGCAGUGCUGCUGGGGCAUCGCCUGCGACAACAAGAUCUACCUGAACGUCCACGCUUCUGACCUACCCGUCCGCUACCAGGAGGAGACCUAUGAGAAUCAAAGAUGGAAUCCUGUGGACGGUUUCUCAGAGCGUUUGUUGCCAAGCGACCGCUGGCAGUGGAGUGAUGUCACGGGUCUGCAACAUCAACCUCUGAACGGCUUCCAGCUUCCCUCCAGCAGCUGGGAGUGGGAGGGCGACUGGUACGUGGACGAAAACUUUGAGGGAGAUCCCACAGAGAAAGGGGGAUGGACCUAUGCCAUUGACUUCCCGGCCACUUACACCAAAGACAAAAAGUGGAACUCCUGUGUCCGUCGCAGGCGAUGGCUCCGCUACAGGAGGUACAAAGCCAUGGACACUUGGGCGAAGAUCCCCUCGCAGCAGACGGCUCUACCAGAUCCCUUCAGCGACAUCAGCUGCGGAGGGUGGGAGAUCAGUGACGAGCCCAGGGGCAGGCUGUCGCUGUGGGCUGUAUCCCUGCAAGGCAAGGUGUGGUUCAGAGAGGGAAUCUACCACCACAAUCCAGAGGGCUCUUUGUGGGAGGAGGUGUCUCUCCCCGGGGAGGUGGUCCAGAUAAGCUGUGGCCCGGGGGACCUGAUCUGGGCGGUGCUGUGGGAGGGCCAGUUCAUUGUCAGGGAGGGCAUCAGCCGAGACUGUCCCCAAGGUACAUCCUGGGCGGUGGUGGACUCUCCCAGUCCUGAUGUAGGAGCUACACAUGUAGCUGUGGGAGUCAACGUUGUUUGGGCUGUGACCAAGGACAACAAAGUGUGGUUCAGGCGUGGUGUGAACUCCCACAACCCCUGCGGCUCCGGCUGGAUCAGCAUGGUUGGAGAAAUGAUCAUGAUCAACGUAGGACUCAACGACCAGGUGUGGGGCAUCAGUUGCGAGGACCGGGCGGUGUACUUCCGGCAGGGUGUUACCUCCAGUGAACUGAGUGGGAAAACCUGGAAGGCCAUCAGCGUUCCCAGAGACGGAGACAGAUCCCACUCCAGUGCCAGCGUCAACAGCCUGCAGAGCGCUGGAUGUUACUUCUGUGGUGAGGUGCGUGGUCAGUCUGUAGUGAGUGAUGUGGAGUCAGACGCAGAGAAAGGAUCUGCAGACGAAGCCAGCUGCUUAGCCACCUCCGUCGCCCCAGAGUCAGUGGCGGAUGCCCCCACAGACCCCUCCAGCCAGCCGACUGACACCCCCAAACCCCGCAUCCCCAAGGUCACUAGCGACAGCUUCAUCUCUGAGCUCGUCUCUGACCGAGAACCAGGAAAGACCACGAGAGCGGUGGGAUCAGCCUCUCCUGCUGUCCUGGAGGAGGAGGUCAUCCCCGGAGAAGAAGAGGUCAAAGCUCCGUGUGCUGAUGUCGUUCUUUCCCCGAGCCAGUCUGGAGGGCCUCUUGACCCCCAGUGGAGUAAUGUGGACCUGGAGGAGGCGCAGAGCCAGCAGGCCCAGACUGCAGCGGUGUUGGACUCUGCCGAUACCUGCAGCUUGUCAUCGGUAGCCACAUACACCCUCGCCAUGGAGGACCCAUAUGGGGCAGAUGAGCACCCUCUGUGGGCGUGGGUCAGUGGAGGAGGCUGCUCUGUGGACAGCCACUCCCAACUCAACUGGUUCAACUGCUCUAUGAAUGCUUCAAUGUUGGCCCAGUCCAUGAGUCUGUCUGUCACCCCAGCCCAGACAGCAGCCUGGCGGAGACAAAUCUUUGAGCAACUCAGUGAGAGAACCAAGAGAGAGAUGGAUAAUUUCAGACAUUAUGAACAAGCCAUAGAACAGUCCGUGUGGGUGAAGAAGGGAACCAUGCAGUGGUGGAGAGACUGGAAGCCUCACAAAUGGGUAGAUGUUCACUUUGCCCUGGAGCAGUUCUCAGGACCGGAGGGCAACAAGGACGGCAUCCUUUUCAUUUAUUACAACUUUUAUGAAGAGAAGAAGUACCUGCAUGCCUUCAUCAAUGAGGUGACCAUCCUGGUUCCUGUGCUAAAUGAUUCCAAACACACUUUUGCCAUCUACACACCUGAGCGGACCAAACAGAGGUGGCCGAUACGGUUGGCAGCAGCCACAGAGCUCGAGAUGCAUGAUUGGCUGGCGUUGCUGAGUGUGUCAUGCUGUGACUCCAGGGGAAUCCAGGGUCCUCCCUCCAAACAGGCCAUCUGGUCCAUCACCUGCAAAGGGGACAUCUUCGUCAGCGAGCCCUCUCCUAACCUGGAAGCCAUACCCUACCCUACACCCUGCAACCAGAUGUUCUGGCGGCAGGUUGGAGGUCACCUGCGUACAGUGGAGUGUAACAGCGUUGGGAUAGUGUGGGGGAUUGGUUACGACCACACCGCCUGGGUCUACACCGGGGGCUAUGGAGGUGGCUUCUUCCAGGGACUGGCCAGCAGCACCGAUAACAUUUACACACAGACCGACGUCAAGAGCGUCUACAUCUAUGAGAACCAGAGGUGGAACCCUGUCACCGGCUACACCAACAGAGGUCUACCUACAGACCGCUACAUGUGGAGUGAUGCAUCAGGACUACAUGAGUGCACAAAAACAAAUACCAAACCUCCGUCCCCUCAGUGGACAUGGGUGUCUGAUUGGGCAGUUGACUACAGUGUUUCUGGAGGGACAGACAGAGAAGGCUGGCAAUACGCAGCUGAUUUUCCAGCGUCAUAUCACGGCUAUAAAACGAUGAAGGACUUUGUGCGUCGCAGGCGAUGGGCCAGGAAGUGUAAGUUGGCUACCACAGGACCCUGGCAAGAAAUCCCACCCAUCCCACUGAGUGACGUGACCAUCCUGCCGUGUGCGGCUCAGAGCAGCGUGGAUGUGGUUCCUCUGUGGGGGAUCAGCAACAAGGGAGACGUGCUCUGUCGGCUGGGAGUCACUGCACUGACACCUGCUGGAUCCUCAUGGCUUCACGUGGGAACUGACCAGCCUUUCAAGUCUAUCUCCAUCGGGGCAGCCAGCCAGGUUUGGGCCAUUGCCAGGGACGGUUCAGCCUUCUACAGGGGAUCCGUGUCUCCGCAGACCCCUGCAGGCGACUGUUGGUACCACAUCCCCUCCCCAACCAAACAGAAGCUGAAGCAGGUGUCCGUGGGGAGGACAUCGGUCUACACUGUAGAUGAAAAUGGUAACUUGUGGUACCGGCAGGGUUUGACCCCCAGCUACCCUCAGGGCUCCUCCUGGGAGCACAUCUCGAAUAAUGUGCGCAAAGUCUCUGUAGGGCCUCUGGACCAGGUGUGGAUCAUAGCAGACAAGGUGCAGGGCAGCCACGGCCUGAGCUGUGGGACAGUGUGCCAUCGACUCGGAGUCCAACCCAUGGAGCCUAAAGGACAGUCGUGGGACUACGGCAUUGGGGGUGGAUGGGACCAUGUCACAGUCAGAGGGAACUCCAUGGAGCCGCCCCGUGUCCGUCUUCCUUCCCUAACAGACCCAUCUGCCUCGGCCCCUAGGAGCCCCCUCCCUAUCAGGAACACAGAGGUCAAUGGAAAUGCUGUGGGAUGUUAGAUUCACACAUAAACACACACACAAAGGUGCAUACAUGCUGUUUGUUGUUUUUAAAUGUGCCGUGUAUAAAGACACAUAUGUAGCCAUCCUAAACCAUGUUACAUUUGUAGAAAAUGUUCAUUUAAAGCCAACUUUAUAUUUAAUAUUGAAGUGGCAGCAGUGAUAAUUCAACUCCAAACUUUAGACAUCACUUUAGUCAAUCUAACAAAACUUUAGGAAACAUUUGGAAAAUACUACAAUCAGAUCAAUCUCUGAAAUCUUUAAGGGGACCUAUUCAUCUACUCAGUAGGGCAUAUCUGUCUUUUUUCCAUUGCUGUCUGUCUUUCAUCACUGUGGUGGUCUUAAUGCUCCUGUUCAUCAGGAUGUAAAGUUUCUGUAGGUUUGUGUGGUAUCUGUAUAUAGAAUACAACACAUAAGUCAAGGUAAAGGUAGAGGGGUUGAAGGGUGGUUUUUAAAAAUAUAUUUUAUGUAUACAAACUGUGUGUACAAACUAUACUAUACUAUAAACUUAUAUUUCAAAAAUCUAUGUUUCGUUGUAGCCUGCUGGCAACAGGUUAACAUGAGCAGAGACAAAAGAAAACUGAUAACUACUGAAGCAUCUGUGUGUCACCCAUAGGUUUCUAAUGCCACCCGUAUAUUUCCAGACUUUUUGAAGCCUAGAUUGGGGUUUAAUGUGUUCCACAAAUCAUUGUUUGGAGCCAGAAAAUCCAAAUUUGGUCAGUGUGGGGAAACCUGUGUGAAAGUGAGUUUGGAUGGGUGAGAAGCAACCACCGUGGCUGAGUGUGAUGGGCCGAGACACUUCUUCACUUCACUUCUUUUUCUUUGUUUGUUUUAAUGGUGCAAGAAGACACAGUAGAAGGAGUCAACAAUUAGAGUGAGGAAAACAAAGAGGAAAUGUUUUGACUUUGUAUUUAAUACAGGAAAUUUAGUGGUUUGGUUGCAGUGGUUUUUGUUUUUUUGGAGCCAGCGUGUAGCAGCUAUAAGAUUAUAAGCUAUGGUGGUUGCUUCCUCCCUCAUACAAACAGUUGACUAAUGUUUUAUAAAGAUUUUGAUGUUAUCUUCUAAAAAUAAUUUGUUAUUACUAUCAUUCUAACGUUACUGUCAUGGAGUAUGUGCAAUGGUUGUAAAUAAGGGAAAAGUGUGGCUUACUUGUAAAAGUCCUGUGGUUGAAAUGCUAAAACUGAACCUUCCUCUUUCUCAGGAGAAUAUUUGCAUUUGCAUGCCGUCUACUUCCUUGGAACUGAUGGUAGUAGAAAGACUGAGCAGUGAGAAAAACUGUGAUCAAAAACACUAUAUUUUUGUUGUAAAUCUGUAAGAUAUUAGUAUUAUACAGUAUAGUGGUUGUUGCAAUGGUACUAUAUUAAGACGGAACAGUGUUUGUACAUUACAAUUCAUUUAAAGAAGUGCAGUUUUCCAUUAAGAAAUACUCAUGAACCACAUACACAAUGAUAAAUUACAUCUGCUCAGGCAUAAAUGUAUGCUAAAUGGACCUACAUAUAUAUAUAAAAGCACUGUCUGAAUGUGAUGCAGCGUUUGUAUAUGUUGAACAUGUACAGAGAUCUGUCUGUAUUAUCUGUGAAUAAUCAUCAAAUAGUGUUUCUGUCGUGUGAAACACAUCAGUGCUGUUGUUUCUCAAGUGUUGUGCAUGGUCAUGGUCAAAAUAACACCCCUUGUCAAUAAAUAAUUGUGUUUAUUGAUAAUAA